AUGGUUGGGAUGCUACUCGAACUGGGACCAUGUCAUAUCAAUAACGGCGGCCAAGGGACGCAUAGGAAUCCCUAUUCGUGGACACGGAAUUCCUCCAUGAUCUUCGUUGAUCAACCUGUGGGUACAGGGCUGUCAUACACGGACCCUGGGGUAAAUAUUCCGACAACGUCUUCAAUAGCGGCUGAGGACAUGUACAUUUUCCUCCAGAUAUUCUUGAAGAUCUUUCCGGAGCGACGGCGUGUUCCUUUUCAUAUAGCGGGGGAGAGCUUUGCAGGACACUAUAUUCCAACGUUGUCUGCGGAGAUCAUACGACAAAAUAACCUACAUAGUGACAGAUUGGUUAUUCCUUUGAACACGACACUGAUAGGAAACGGUUAUAUCUCACCGUUGGAUACAACCUACGGCUACUACGAAACCCUCUGCACAACAAAACCCGGGGUUGCCGAACCUGUCUUUAACCAAACUCGAUGUCAGAUAAUAGCCGACACUCUACCCCGCUGUCUUUAUGUAUACGAGGCUUGUUAUCGAUAUCCUGAUAAAGACCUGUGCAAAGCCACUGACCAAGUAUGUGGAACGAUCAAAGAGCUCUUUCACAAUGAGUCGCAUGCGGGCGGAAGAGACCCAUUCGACAUUACUCGAACCUGUGAGGUAGAGCACCUCUGUUACGCAGCGACUCUUGACAUUCAAAAAUACAUUAACAAACCGACUACCUGGCGGGCCCUACAAGUACCACAAGAGAUCGGCGGCUUUUCCAUUGAAUCAAUGCGAGUAGCAUCCGCUUUUGCAUCCGGCAACGAUCUUUACUCGCCCGUUAUGGACGAAGUACGAUUUACGUUAGAUAGUGGUGUUGAUGUGUUGAUCUAUAACGGAAAUCUGGAUCUGGCUUGUAAUACAGCCGGAAACCUUCGCUGGGCCAAUUCUCUCCGUUGGAACGGUCAGGCCGACUUCGCCUCAAAGGACCUGAAGCCAUGGUACUCGGUUAAUAAUAGGGGAAUGAGAAAGGCAGGAAGUUACAAGGAAGUUUUUGCGCAAACUGGAAGCACAGAACGGCGGUUUGCAUUCGUUACGGUUGAUCAUUCUGGACACAUGGUUCCCUUGGAUCAACCCGAGGUGGCUCUCGAUCUUUAUACGAAAUGGCUCUUUAAGGAACCAUUCUAG